AUGCCGCCCAAGAAGCAGGAUGGCAAGCCUGCCAAGGUCAAGGACGACAAGACCUUUGGCAUGAAGAACAAGAACAAGUCUGCCAAGGUCCAGAAGCAGGUCCAGAUCAUCAACCAGCAGGAGGCUCAGCGCGGCAAGAACAAGGAGGCGCUCGAAAAGGCCAAGGAGAAGGAGCGAAUUGCAGAGAAGAAGAGGGCUGAACAGGCCAAGAAGGAGCUCGAGGCGCAGCUGUAUGGCGGUCUGGACAUCGUGCAGCCCAAGGUGCCGUUCGGAGUCGACCCGAAGUCGGUUCUCUGCGCGUUCCACAAAGCCGGACGGUGUCAGAAGGGCGCCAAGUGCAAGUUUUCUCACGACCUCAACCAGGACCGAAAGGGUGCGAAGGCGAACUUGUACGAGGACGCACGAGAUGCCAAGAAGGAUCCGACCAAGGACGAGGACAUGAGCACCUGGACGGAGGAGCAGCUGCGCGACGCCGUCUCGAAGAAGGGCAACCCGAAGGCGACGACCGACAUUGUGUGCAAGCACUUCCUUGAGGCCAUUGAGAAGCAGAUCUACGGAUGGUUCUGGGAGUGCCCGGCGGGCGAGAAGUGCAUCUAUCGACACGCGCUGCCACCCGGCUUCGUGCUCAAGAGCCAGAAGAAGAAGGACGAUUCGGAGGACAAGUCGCUGUCGAUCGAAGAGUUCCUCGAGGUCGAGCGACACAAGCUCGACCAGAAGAAGCUCACGCCGAUCACGAAGGAGUCGUUCGCCGAGUGGAAGAAGAACCGAGUGUCGAAGAAGGAGGCUGAGGAGCAGGCGCUCCAGUCGGCCAAGUCGGCGACGGCGGCGGCUGGCAAGCUCACUGGGUUGUCUGGACGUGACUUGUUCACGUACAACUCGGAGCUGCUUGGCGCCGACGAGGACGAGGACGAAGACGAGGAGUGGGACUUGGAGCAGCUGCGUUUCAAGACCGAGGCCGAGCGACGAGAGAAGGAGGAGGAGCGAAUUCGAGCGCUUGGCGGCGAUGUGGCUACGAUGUCUCUGGCGGAACCGUCGGGCGAGUCGCGACCAGCCGAGGAGGAGAACGGCGCGGAGGCAUCGUAG